AUGGCUAAUCGAUUCACACGUCUCGGAAAAGCAUGGCACAUUAUGAACCGUUUCAUCGUUCGCGGUUCACCUUAUGACCUGGGUAAGUACAAUUGGCGAAUGGCUCAAUUAGGUUUACCUCCUGAACUCGGUACCAAAUUAAUCGAUUGUUUGAAAGCGAAACGGAAUCGUAUUUCUUCCACGGAUUUUGAACCUGGUGAAAAGUUCUGUUUGGAAUUACUUCAACCACUCUGGAUUGACUAUUUGAAAUAUGAUAUAUUUUUACUCAAUCGGGCUCUCUCUCGACACACGGAUGAACUGCCACCGGCCGAUUCACCGGACGACUUUGAAGUUCUCAUGGUCAAUGGUCAUGUGACGGUUAGGCAAAUUCCCCCGGCCCGACCAAUCGAGUUGCAAGGACACGAGCUAAAAUUGUCCAAAGAAGAACGCGAGUAUCGUAUUCUCAUGGCUUUAGAACGGCGUCGAAUGAUGGAACGCGAACGGAAACGGGCACUGAAAGCGGUUGAACGACGACAAAAAGAAGAAAAGACAACCAUUGUUCAACGUCCGGACAAGGAAGCUAUCAAGAUGGAAGGCGAGACAGAAUCUGUCCAAUUGCCCGAACGACGUCCAUCUCAACAGAUGUUACGGUUGAAAACAUUUUUGACCAAUAAAUUAAUGAUGUCACACUUUCGGGAUUGGCUCGAGGCAAAACAGAAAUCGGAAAAGAUAUCACCCAAAUCCGACCCAGCUCCCGGGUUGGUACGUGAGCUCGAUUUCGUCACAAACACAACACGUUUGCUUGCUAUGCCUACCGGUCGAACAAAACCGGAACUUGUACAACGUCGCCUGAAAACGGCAGACAGUAUUUUCAAAACCUACUUGGCUGGUGACGGUGAUCAAUCCCUGAAACUGACAGCCAAAUUUAUNAAUUUAUCAAACGGUUGGAAACGGAAAAGCAACGGCCGAGCACCGCGACAUAUCGAAGCCUACGGGAUCAUUACGUUCAAGAACUGA